AUGACUGGUGAAGAAGAUAAAAAACCACAUUUUGAUGCCUCCGGCGCCUCAGCAGUAGAUGACAAAACCGCCACUGCUAUCUUGAGAAGAAAGAAGAAGGAUAAUGCCUUGAUUGUUGAUGACGCCACCAACGAUGAUAACUCAGUUAUAACCAUGUCUUCAAACACAAUGGAAUUAUUGCAAUUGUUCCGUGGUGACACUGUUUUGGUUAAGGGUAAGAAAAGAAAGGACACUGUGUUGAUUGUAUUGGCCGACGAUGAUAUGGAAGAUGGCGUUGCCAGAAUCAAUAGAUGUGUUCGUAACAAUUUACGUGUCAGAUUGGGUGAUAUUGUCACUGUUCAUGCCUGUCCUGAUAUCAAAUAUGCCAACAGAAUCUCAGUGUUGCCAAUUGCUGACACCGUUGAAGGUAUCACCGGUUCCUUGUUUGAUCUUUACUUGAAACCAUACUUUGUUGAAGCUUACAGACCAGUCAGAAAAGGUGACUUGUUCACUGUAAGAGGUGGUAUGAGACAAGUUGAAUUUAAAGUUGUUGAAGUUGAUCCAGAAGAAAUGGCAAUUGUUGCUCAAGACACCAUUAUUCACUGUGAAGGUGAACCAAUCAACCGUGAAGAUGAAGAAAAUAGCAUGAAUGAAGUUGGUUACGAUGAUAUUGGUGGAUGUAAGAAACAAAUGGCACAAAUCAGAGAAUUGGUUGAAUUGCCAUUGAGACACCCACAAUUGUUCAAAUCCAUUGGUAUUAAGCCACCUAAGGGUAUUUUGAUGUAUGGUCCACCAGGUACUGGUAAAACCAUUAUGGCGAGAGCUGUUGCCAACGAAACUGGUGCAUUUUUCUUUUUAAUUAACGGUCCAGAAAUUAUGUCCAAGAUGGCUGGUGAAUCUGAAUCCAAUUUAAGAAAAGCUUUUGAAGAAGCUGAAAAGAACUCCCCAUCUAUUAUAUUCAUUGAUGAAAUCGAUUCCAUUGCUCCAAAGAGAGACAAGACCAAUGGUGAAGUUGAAAGAAGAGUUGUUUCCCAAUUGUUAACCCUUAUGGAUGGUAUGAAAGCCAGAUCCAAUGUCGUUGUCAUUGCCGCCACUAACAGACCAAACUCCAUUGACCCUGCUUUGAGAAGAUUUGGUAGAUUUGAUAGAGAAGUCGAUAUCGGUGUCCCAGAUGCUGAAGGUCGUUUGGAAAUUUUAAGAAUCCACACCAAGAACAUGAAAUUGGCCGAUGAUGUCGAUUUGGAAGCUAUCGCUUCUGAAACUCACGGUUUCGUUGGUGCUGAUAUUGCCUCAUUAUGUUCAGAAGCUGCCAUGCAACAAAUUCGUGAAAAGAUGGACCUCAUUGAUUUGGAAGAAGAAACUAUUGAUACCGAAGUGUUGAACUCUUUGGGUGUUACUCAAGAAAACUUUAGAUUUGCUCUUGGCAACUCCAACCCAUCUGCCUUGCGUGAAACUGUUGUUGAAAACGUCAAUGUCACCUGGGACGAUAUUGGUGGUUUGGAUAACAUUAAGAAUGAAUUGAAAGAAACUGUCGAAUACCCAGUCUUGCAUCCGGAUCAAUACCAAAAAUUCGGCUUGGCUCCAACCAAGGGUGUCUUAUUCUUUGGUCCACCAGGUACUGGUAAGACCCUUUUGGCCAAGGCUGUUGCUACUGAAGUUUCUGCAAACUUUAUUUCUGUUAAAGGUCCAGAAUUGUUGAGUAUGUGGUAUGGUGAAUCAGAAUCUAAUAUCCGUGAUAUCUUUGACAAAGCUAGAGCUGCUGCUCCAACCGUCGUUUUCUUGGAUGAAUUGGACUCCAUUGCCAAGGCUAGAGGAGGCUCUCAUGGUGAUGCUGGUGGUGCAUCUGAUAGAGUUGUCAAUCAAUUGUUGACUGAAAUGGAUGGUAUGAAUGCCAAGAAGAACGUCUUUGUCAUUGGUGCCACUAAUAGACCAGAUCAAAUCGAUCCAGCCUUAUUGAGACCUGGUAGAUUGGAUCAAUUGAUUUAUGUUCCAUUACCAGAUGAACCUGCUAGAUUGUCUAUCUUGCAAGCUCAAUUAAGAAAUACUCCAUUAGAACCAGGUUUGGACUUGAAUGAAAUCGCCAAGAUCACCAAUGGUUUCUCAGGUGCUGAUUUGUCUUAUAUUGUUCAAAGAUCAGCCAAAUUUGCUAUUAAGGAUUCUAUUGAAGCCCAAAUCAAGCUUAGUAAACUCAAAGAAGAAAAUGAAAAAACAAAAGGAGAAGAUGUGGAGAUGAAUGAAGUUGAAGAAGAAGAUCCUGUUCCAUACAUCACCAGAGCUCAUUUCGAAGAAGCUAUGAAGACUGCGAAGAGAUCCGUCUCUGAUGCUGAAUUGCGCCGUUAUGAAUCUUAUGCUCAACAAUUACAAGCCUCUAGAGGUCAAUUUUCAAGCUUUAGAUUCAAUGAAAAUGCAACCAAUGCUGCUGCUGAUAAUGGUUCUGCUGCUGGCGGUAAUUCAGGGGCUGCUUUUGGAAAUGAUGAAGAAGAAGAUGACUUGUACAAUUAA